AUGUCAACGUCAGUUCCUUCUACGCCAAGAGUUCUGAAGAUCUCUAGAACUCCUAAAACUACAGGAAAAAUCAUCACCAAACGAUACAUGCGUACCCCAGAUGGCAAGCGCACAAUGUUAGAAUUUAACGAUAGAGAUUAUGAUGAAAGUCAAGAUGCCACUUAUAUAUAUGAGGAAAGUGAAGAUGAGGAUGAUCUGUAUUUGGAUGAUGAGGAUGAUUUGAUUAUUGAAGAAAAGGAAAUUGAUUCAAGUGAAGUGGAAUCUAGAGAUGAAACUGAAUCAGCUACUUCAACCACUACUUUAAAAGUUAGUGAUGAGAUUGUAAAUGAUUUCCAUAACUAUAUUGCAGGUAUGGGUCAGUUCCGUCAAUUCCUUUUCAAACAUGAAAUUCCUAGGAAAGUUUUUCAUUCAUCUAUUGGUUUUGUUACUUUGUAUUUAUAUACAAUUGGAGUCCAACAUCAACAAUUGAUCCCAGUUUUUAUAGGGUUGUUUGCCGUGCUUUUCGUUAAUGAUUAUGCUCGGAUGCAUAACCCGGAAUUUAAUCGAAAGAUGGUUAAAUUUUUCACGUUGAUUGCUAGAGAAAGUGAAGCCAAUGAAUACAACGGUACAUUAUGGUAUGUUGCUGGAUUGUUCAUUGUGUUUAUGUUGUAUCCUAAGGAUAUUUGUGUUAUGAGUUGUCUUUUAUUGAGUUGGGCCGAUACUUCUGCUUCUACUUUUGGAAGAAUGUUUGGUAAGUAUACUCCAAAGGUUUCCAAGAAUAAGUCACUUGCUGGUUGUAUGGCAAGUUUUAUCACUGGUAUUGCAUCUUGUUAUGUUUUCUACGGAUAUUUUGUUCCUCAUUACAAUGAAAAGGUUAAUGGACCAAACGAUAUCUUCUGGACCCCAGAAAAUAGCAAAUUGACUAUUCACAUUUAUUCUCUUCUUUCUGGACUUGUGGCCAGUUUCUCUGAGGGAAUUGAUAUUUACAAGAUUGAUGAUAACUUUACUAUCCCUGUACUAUCUGGGUUUUUUUUGAAUCUCGUUGUUAAGUUGGCUCAUAAAUGA